AUGCUCAUUAAGAGACGCCAAGCUGUCUUUGUUCGUGAUGGAAAAGGUUCCGUUACCUACAAACUUUUAAGGAACAGUGUCCAGCGUAAGAUCAAGUUGGCCAAGUAUCACUUCUAUUACCACAAAGUCGCAUACCUUGAAAAAACGGACGUAAAAAAUAGUGGAGGCAAAUUAAAUCUCUAACCGGUCAAGACAUACAACAUGAAAGGUUUCACCAGUUUCUUGAUGAGAGCAGUGGAGAUUUAAAGUCCCUAGCCAACAAGUUGAAUAACAACUUUGUUAGUCUGACGGAUGGUUUCGAGGCCCUAAAGUACUCCGAGCCAACCAUCCAACCUGUUCCUCCUGACCUCCUGGUAUCAUUAAGUGAAGUUCGGACACCCCUAUCUAGUUUAAACACUAGUACGGUUGUUGGUCCUGACAUGAUUCCUAACAGGUUGGUUAAGGAAUUUGCACCAGAAUUGGCCCCAGUCAUCAUGGAUAUUUACAAUUGGUCAUUAGUGGAAGGAUAUCAACUGGCCUACUUAAAAGUUCCUUCGUAACCCACUACCUAAAGUCUCCUCUCUUUAAGAAAUUAAAUUCUAUCUGACACCCAUCGCUCUGACAUGCACUAUCGCUAAGGCUAUGGAGGGAUUCAUGAGAAGUAGCCUUAUUACUCAAGUAGCAGAGAACAUUGACCCCCGUCAAUGCGCCAGGGAAGGUCAUUCUAUCGUUGAUGCCCUAAUCUACCUCUUACAGUCUAUUCAUGAAGCAACAGACACGGGGGAAUGUUCCGCGAGGAUAUUUUUUGCCGACCUCUCAAAGGGGUUUGAUCUCAUUGAUCAUAACAUCCUCUUGAAGGAACUAUCAAGCCUUAAUAUUGAUCCCGUGCUGGUUGACUGGAUAAAGGCAUUCUUCACCGAUAGAAGGCAGGCCGUAAGAAUGGGAAAUUUUUUGUCUGAUUGGAAAUUCCUUUAACAUCUAACAUCAGGGGAAAAAACAUGGUGUACGGUAAUUACUAACAUGGUUUACGGUAAUUACUAACAACCCACUGAAGGAUUGGAAAUUAAGAUUUAAAUUUGUCGAUGACACCACAGCUCUCGAAAUCUUGCCCAGGAACGGUUCCAGUCUACUCAAUCUAGUUGCUAAUGACAUUUACAAUUUUUCUAGUGACCACAAUAUGAGUUUAAACCCUAAAAACCUCAAAGAAAUGUUAGUUAAUCUCAUGCAUAAUCAUAACUUUGUGUUAUCACCCAUAAUUCUUGACAAUAACGUUGUGGAUCGCGUCCUUUAUAUAUAAACUCCUCGGAGUGUAUAUCAGUAACGAUCUAAGGUGGAACUAUCAGAUCGAUUAUAUUUUUAAGAAGGCCUCAAAGCGCCUACUCUCAUUGCGAUUAUUGAGAUAAGCGGGAGUACACAGUAAACUAACCCUUAAGGUCUACUUAACCACCAUAAGACCUAUUUUCGAAUAUGGUGCUCAGAGUUGUCAGGACCAUUCCCGCUUUCCCUUCCGAUAAGCUUGAAUCAAGUUCAGAGAAGAGCCCUGUCUAUCAUAUAUCCAUCUCUUAGCUAUGCAGUCGCCCUUACUUCGACCCAAUAGUACAAGCCUAGCAAUGAGGAGGAGUCAGUUAUGUAUGAAAUACAUACAGACGUUAGGCAAUAUUAGUCACCCAAAUCACUUUUUACAACCUAGUAGCAGAGGUCACACUCAUGACUACAAGCUCAGGACAAGGAUGACCAGUAGUACAAAGACAUUUAACAACAGAGACAUGUGCCGUACGAAGCGUUCUAGCUCAUUUAUUACCUUCGGGAUCACGCGUACAGUGUGUAAAUGCUAAAAGUAGUAGUUAAUGUAUAGCAUUGUUAAAUAGGGUAAAUUUUUGGAAAGUUGUAUUUUAUUCCUGUAAUUCAGUUUUUUUAACUGCAAUCGUGAUCAAUAGACAGUUUAUUAUUAUUAUUAUUAUUAUUAUUAUUCAUUGCCAAGUCACUUCAACCUGUAAUCAAUGUUCACUCCUCACUCUAUGCAGAUGUUAAUGGUUUUCUGAAUCCCUCAAUAAUAACUGGUGAAAAUUAUCGUCCAGAUCUUCUUUUCCUAAUCCAGUCCAAGUGCCUAUGUGUUCUAGAAUUAACAGUUGGUUUCGAGUCUAACCUUAACAACAAUACAGUGCGUAAGAAAGAAAAAUAUCUGAACUUGAUCAACGAAAUGAGUAGAAAUUACAGAUGUGUGAGAUUUGUAAAUCUGUCCAUGAGUUCCCUUGGCGUUUUCUCCGAUGAAUGCUCCACGUUCUUAGACAUGAUGAAUGACAUUGGUAUUGACAAAAAGCAGCAACGUUAUAUAAUCAAGAAAAUGAUAAAUAUAGCCAUUAGAGCAACAUAUUACAUCUUUUGUUGAAGAAAUAGGAACUGGUAUAGCCCAGACUUAAUACAAUUUUGAUUUUUUUUUUUAGCUUUUGUUUUGUUUUGUUUUGUUUUUGUUUUUUGUUGUUGUUGUUGUUUUUUUAAUAAUCCAAUCUCAAGCAGCAUUUGUAAAUUGCCUAUACGUAGCGAGAUUUACAAUUGUACAUUCAAAAACACAAAUAAAGUUUCCAUUAUUAUUAUUAUUACCUGAUAACUUCCGUAUUCAGUACUAAUUUGGUAAAAAUUUAAUUACAAGUAAUGAAAGUUGAAUUUUUAUAAGGGAAACAACGACAUGUCUUCCUUAAGGUGGACAAUUUCGACAAAAAAAGCAACGACGUUGUACAAUUGUGUCUGGUGGAACCACGUCAGUUCAAUGACUUGAAACUGUUAUAAAAAUAAUACAGUCACAAGGAGAAAUUUAAAUAAACGAGUUUUAAAACAGAAAAUGAAUGAUACAAAAUAUUCUUGACGUUUCGAUGGCUUCAUGUCAUCAUUAUCAAUAGCUAAGAAAUUAAAAUGAUUCCUGAUAUACAUAAAGACAAAGAAAGUGCGGAAGGCGUGCAUUGAAGUUGAAGCGUGUAAAUGGAAAAUGACUGGAAUUAAAUAAAGAGUCUCGAAAGGAUGAAGUCCGAUUGAGUAUUGAGUUAGGUCCGCUUUCCUUUUUCCCUCUUUCAAAUAUCAGACACUCAAGUUUCCCUCCGCAUUUCUUGAGGAUUUUAAAGUUUGCGUCAAAGUUCGCACUUUGUUUUUUAUAUCAGCGAAUCAUGUUCAGCUAGGAAAACGUUAA